UACACCGAUUAUAUUCAUUCCCCGAUGCUCCAUUGUUAAUUUUUCUCAUACUAAUUACCACAAUGUACGAAGAAAUUAAAAUCUGUCGCCGCUUUCGUCUGUUUGGGUUGAGUUAUCGGCGAAGCAACACGUGUUUCGCGCUUCUCACGAGAAAAACACCGUUAUGUUGAACACUUUGUGGCGAAAAUCAAAACAUUUUAUCGGAUAUCGUGCGAGUUUAUAGUUCGCUUGAAUUGUGUUUUUGUGGUCGCAGUCAUUGGUAGCGUGUUGAAUAUGGAUUCGUGCCUUGGACUUCAUUAUGGUUGAUUGUUCUUGGGGAUGUACCUCAUAAUCUACGAAGCAAAAAUGUUGGAAGUUCCUGAAGCAACAAGCGACAACAUAUCCGAGGCCAGUUUCGUGACAAGCAUAGAGGAGGCUGCACGGAUAGACCAAUGCACACAGACGCCACCCAGCGGCAAAGUGAAGGCUAAGCUGCAAAGAUUCAACACCAGUGAUCACAUCUACGACAGACAUAGGCCAUACAAAACAAAGCAAGAAGUGCGACCGAAGAGUUUGGGACUGUGCGACUCAUAUCCGUUCUUCGGGAAACCACCCAGCUAUGACGGGAGUCAUGUUAAAUUAAAGCCGACUACAGAAAGCCCGACAAUAUCAGUGACCGCUCCCCACAGUCUGGAAUACGAUUUUACCAAAGGCAGUAGCACACCCAAUGGUAGUAUAACGCCCAAUAUGGCCAGCAAAUCUGCGGCGACUGUACUGCUAAGCCCUGGUUACAUGCCUUGCCAGUGCAAUCAGUCCAUUAGAAGUGUAAGCGAAGUGGCCCUAGCGAUGCCUGGAAAUAACUGGAACGAUGAGGCGCUGGCGCCUGGGUCGCCAGACGGAUUGUCCUGGCGAAGACUACAUAUGUCCAGAGCAAAACUGAAAGCCACAGCCACGACGUCCGAAUUGUUGUCUGGUUUUGCAAUGGUAGCUAUGGUCGAACUACAAAUAAACGAACCGACCAACGUCCCAGAGUGGCUAUUCGUUAUGUUCGCGGUGUGUACUACAGUAUUAGUUGCUGUUCACAUCUUCGCUUUGAUGAUAUCCACGUAUCUUUUACCGAAUAUCGACGCAGUGAGCAAAAUGGAACCAGGGUGUCCAUCAAGGGCGCUUCGGGAGUCACCGCACGAACGAAUGAGGGGUUUCAUUGAGCUGGCUUGGGCGUUUAGUACUGUUUUAGGUCUCUUCCUAUUUCUGGUGGAAAUAGCAAUACUCUGCUGGGUUAAAUUCUGGGACUAUUCGUUCGCAGCCGCCACCGCAGCCACUGUUAUUGUUAUACCAGUUUUAAUAGUCUUCGUGGCAUUCGCGAUACACUUCUACCAUUCCCUGGUUGUGCAGAAAUGCGAAACCUCCGUCCAAGAUAUAAAACAGCUGGAAAAUAUGAAAAGAGACCUCGACACUGCCACUGUUAAGGUAAACAUGUACCCCUGAAGCCAUUUGUGAUUUUCGAGAUUUUUAGAAUGAUUUAAAAAACCUUUAAUUU